CACAUGUCACUUACAUUUAUGUAGCGAAUAACUGUUUUUAAGACGGCGUAGUAGAGUGAGUGGUUGCAGAGAAAGUCAAAUAUUGCAGAAAAAACGAACUUUAUUCUUAUUAUUUAUAAUUCUAUUUAAGUGAAUUGUGAGGCCAUAUAAACAUGUGAUCCAAAAACAAAUAUAGAAAACAGCUGUUUCGGCGCAGUUCUAAAUAUUGGAAAGGGUUAAACAAUAAUUUUUUUUUAAGAUUUAUUAGAUGUUGUUGUUGUGGCAGAAAAUAAUCCUGAAGUAAUUUGAAGGAAUACUGCAGGAUAAAUAUGGAUUGUUCCGGUUAUGUGCACCAGACUGUCUUUGGAACGGAAUAGCUUUGCUCAGGAAAGUGUAAUCUUACGGAGUUCAAGCGAAACUACAUUGAUAUUCCACACAAAAUUAUUUCGUAGGCAACAAAACCAAUUUUUCCAUCAUUUAUAAACAUAGCACAAUCAUGAUUUAGCUAUUAACCACAAAACCCAGAUUUGAACAGAGUAAUUAGCUGAAGAUCUUACAAUGCAUCACCCGUUGAGGAGUACAAUAGUUCAAAGGUUAUUAUAUAAAAAAACGAUCAAUCAAUUCCACUUCCCAACGUUAAAUAUAUUCCGUAUCAAUCGUACAUUGAAAUAACCGAAAAUGAGUUGAAAAGUAGACACUUCACAGAAAAAGUGUCGAAAAAAGCGUAUACCAACACAAUUUUACACUCUUGGCUGAGACAGUGUAUUUUAAAAGUGACCCUUGUGACUUGAGAAAAUGGUGUGAUGGCGAAGAUGGCAUCUGGAGAUCUCUCUUUAACGAGUACGAGUAGCCAAGAAGAAGAAAGUCCCGAGUAUGUCGGUUAUGACCGCACGCUUCGUCCCACAUUGAAUUCUAGUGCCAACACAAAUGCGGCCAAUUUGGCCAACAAUAAUGGACAAAGCAGUGGUAACAGUAGUGGCGGUGGCAGCGGCGUUGUCAGCGGCAACACCACUGGCGCUGGCGGCAAUGUAAACAACGCCAAUGUUUCGAAUGGCUCACAAUACGAGGUGAUCAAGUCAUCGCCGUACAGUCCGGCUUUCAUGGAAAUAAGUCAGAUGCGACAUCAGCGUGCCGAUCCGUUGUGCCGUUGUGAAGAGUUGCGCGAUCAGGUCGGCUACUAUCAGGAGCAAUAUGUGAACGCUAUGGCGCAAUUGGAGAGCAGUGAACGUAAUAAAUUUAUCGAUGUUAUGGCGGAGAAUGCGCGUCUCAAGCAACAGAAUACAAAACUGGAGCGCCAGCUGAUACGUUUAGAAAAUGAGAAUGGCAAUAAGUCCGCUAAUGCGGCGGCGAAUGCGUACUAUUAUGGCGACGUGGCGGUCGGACGUGGCGCUGAUAAUGAAAAAUUGCUGCAGCAAAGUGAAAAGUUGCUGGAGGAGUUGGAUUUAUGUAAAGAACACAACGUUGAAUUGGUGAAUGAACGCAAAUUGAUUAUUGCCGAGCGUGAAAAGUAUAAGAAGAGCUUCAACUCGACAUUUGCCGAACUGGACAAUGUGAAGAAGGAACGCAAUUUCUAUCGUGAAUCACGUGAGCACUUCAAUUUAAUGCGUGACACAAUGGAAAAGGAGAUACAAAAGUUGAAGUCACUACUUUCCGAGGAGUCAAAGAAAGUGCUACUCAUAACGGUGGAACGCAAUCGCAUCGAUGAGGAGCUCAAACAGCUGCUUUCCGAGAAGGACAAUGUAUUGCAUGAGCAUCAGAAAAUGUUCGACGACUUAUCGGCAGCCAAAAAAGAAAUUGAGAAUUACAAGAAAAACGACCUAAUAUAUCAAGCGGAAAUCAAUGAGUUGCACCAGGCCAAUGCCGAAUUGCAAAAGCGCGAUUUACUCAAGUCCAACUCGUGGUCGAAGGAGUUUUCCGAUAGCAAAGAUGAUUUCAAGGAGGUGGAAAAGUUGCGCAAAAGCCUCGAGAAGGCCAACUCGGAGGUGGAGCGCGCGCUGCAGGAUGCCGAACAGGCGAAAGGCGUGCGCGAUUGGGCCAUUUCGCAGCGUGAGAAAAUCGUGCAGGAGCGCGAUUCGGUAAAGUCGCUCUGCGAUAAUUUGCGUAAAGAACGCGACAAGGCGAUCUCUGAUCUGCUCUCGGCCAUACGUGAUAGCGAGAAAAUAAAAAAGCAAAAGGAUGAAGCGCAAAAGAAAAUCGACGUAUUGAAGGAGCAAAUUGAAAAUCAGAAUAUUGAUAGUACGUCGCGACGCAGCUUUCGCAUGAGCACCUACGAGGCCGAAGAUCUGCUCGACAUUGAGUUGAACUAUCAUUCCGAUAGCGAUAUUGGCAUAAUAUUGGAUGACAGCAACAAUCGGCAAUUGGUGUGUGGCGUCACCAAUAGUUCGCCCGCUUUUGGCAAAUUGAAAAUGAAUGAUGUCAUCUGUAAGGUGAAUAAUCUAGAUUGUCAGACCAUGACAAAGCGCAUGGUGCUGGACGAAAUACGUAGUAGCGCGCCCCGUUGUAAGUUGUUGGUGUCGCGUACGCGUCACAGCAAACGUCACUUUUACACCGUGCAUUUGAAUAUGCAAAAUAAUAUGAAUCAUGGUUUGAGUCUGGACACCGGCGUCUUCAUUUCGAAAAUCGAGUCAAACUCGUUAGCUGCCUACGAGCCCGAAUUGGAUGUGGGCGAUCGUGUGCUAAGCAUUAAUAACAAAUCAAUGGAAGGCAUACACUCUGUCGACGAUGUGAUGGGUUUGCUGAACGAUGAACGCAAUGAUGCGAUUACCAUUUUCGCCUUGAAGAAUGUGCAGGAUAUUGGUUAUAGCGAUGGACAGCGACGCAUGACCACCUCGUCGGCACAAACCGAUUCCAUUGAUUCGAUGCAUCGCAUGACGAGCGCCAAGCAUCCUUCGAAAUUUUCAGAAAUGUUAAGCAUCUUCAAGAAGAUACACAUUCCGAAGCCAGGCACAGAUGUCGAUCACUUCACGCAAGAGCAUGAUGCGCUGGCCGAAUUGGAUUCGGUGUUAAGUGAAAAUUCGUCGGAGAAACCACGUCGCGGUAAACGCAGCAAAAAGGAAAAGGAAGCGGCUGCCAAGAGUAUGGGUACUUGGCCACGUGCCAAUAUACUCAAUGCCACACAUGAGAAUCCCACAGGCACCAUAGUGCAGCAACGCGAGAAAAAGCGACCGCCACUUGCUCUCUUCACAGCCGGUCCAAUAAAUGUCGACAAAGAGGAUGAGCGUGAGACCUCCGAUGAGCAGCCGCCACCGCUGCCGCCGCAAGCUAAACCGCAAGCGCAUAUGCGCAACGGUAUAACAGGUGCCGGGCAAGCCAUCAAAACCAAUCCGCAUCGCAAUUCCAAUCCCAUACCCGCGUCGGCGCUCUUCAGCCCCACACCCGGUACAACAGCGAUGCCGAAUGUGAAUGGCGGCAAUAUCAAUAGCAAUAAUGUUUAUGCCAACUACAGACACUCCGUGUAUGCGGAACCACACAUAGACAACGUUGGCAUGUUGGGCGAGCAGACUAAGCUACUAAAACGACCGGCGCCCAUAUUGGGUGCGAAUAUGCGUGUGAAAAUGCCGCCCGUGCCGGACAAGUAUGGCAAUCAGCGUGCGCACAACUAUCAAAAUCGCUACUCGCUCAACAUAACGCCGACGGAGUUCUACAAGACUAGCGGACAACAGGCGCAGCAACAGGUCAUACAUAGCGGCACCGGUGCGGAGUUUCUGCCACGCAAACCGCACAUUUUCGAUAUACUGAACAGCGGCAAUACGGGUAUGGGCGGUGUUGGUAUGCCUACAAGCGUUAGUUCGAGCAAAUCACAGCCACAUCCGGCGCUCUUCACACCACUGAAUCUCCAUCCGCCGAGUUUUGGCCGUAGCGCCUCCACAACACAGCAGAAUUCAUUGGACAUGAUCUCGAUUAAGUCGCAAAACUCCAUCGAUUCCAUAUUGUCGGCGAAGAGUCCGCCAAACAGUGAAUGCGCGACGAUCAAUCACUAUCAGAAGCGUGGCAUACCAAUGCCACAAGCAGCAGCUAACAAGAAUGUUUCCAAGUAUCCAAGUGACAGCGAGAGUAUUGCCUCGGGCAUUAUGAGCGCCAGCGUUGGCGGUGGCGGCAUGAACGUUGGCGUUGGUGCUAGUGGCGGUAUCGGCGUCAACAGCGUACUUUUCCACUCGAAUAACAUGUCCGCCCCGAUGCACAAUCGCCACUCGCAGCUCUUUCCAACCUUCACGCAAAAUUCCAUAAAUGCAAUGCGUCAAAUACGCCACUCUAGUCCGCUAACAUUGCCCUCCUCACCGCCACUACACACGCAUCCGCACACUCACGGACCGCACUCGCACACGUCGACGCAGCAGUCUCAACACGGCGGCGUGGAUACGGUAGCUAGUAGCGCGAUUGGCAUACCCACCAGCUCGGUGGACAAAUUCGAUAUGGACUUUAUGACGCCCGGUUUGCCUAUGCAUACGCAAUACGUGCAAGAUUACCCGCUUUCCACGCACUAUCAUCAUCCACAUAGCAGCGGCGGUAUGGCCGGUGGCGGUGCUGGCGGCAUCAUCUAUGAAGGUGGCACAUUUCCACGCAAAAAGGAUCAUCAACGCUUGCGCAUACCAUCCAAUCCGAGUGUGGCGAGUAAGAAUAGUGCUGGCGUUAAGAACAGUUCCGGUUCGAUUGAUCAUCACUAUUGUGGCGUGAGCAUGUCCGGUCCGCCACCAUCGAUGCUAAUGCAUCACUCGGCGAUUGCUGCGGUCGCUGCGAAUGGUGGUGGUAGCGGACGCGGCUCGCCGAUGCCGCAAGUGCAUGUCGAAGUGUUGAGCCAUGGCGGUAGUAAGCGUAAUUCGAAUGCGCCGUCGGAUUUUUUAUGCCCUGGAGACCUUAGAAGAGUCACGAUCGAGAAGAGCGACAAAUCGCUCGGCAUUACCAUACAAUGCAAUAACAAUGGUGGCGGCAUCUUUGUAUCGACUGUAGCCGAUAAGAGCAUAGCCACACGUGCUGGUCUUCAGGUGGGCGAUCAACUCUUAGAAGUUUGCGGCAUAAAUAUGCGAUCGGCUACAAAUGACAUUGCGGCGAAUGUGUUACGUCAAUGUGGCAAUUCGAUAACCAUGCUGGUGCAGUACAAUCCGGAAAAAUUUCACUCUGGCGAAUACGACGGCACAAAUAAUCUCGAGACUGAAUCUCCAGUUAAUCACUCUGGCUCGCCCACACCUCGCAAUUCACCACGACCACCGGUGCGCACCAUGAUGUCCUCACUACCACCACUACCAAUCUCGGCACCCAACAGCAAUCCCUUGGCCCAACAGACGAACAUAAUGCCACAAUCGAGUUCAUUGAUCUCAACACAAUCGAUCAAGGAUCAGAGUUUUGCCGAUAGCUUGGAAAACCAAUCGGACAUGAGCAGCAGUCAGGAUUUGCCCUCGUCAGCGGCUACCACAACCACAACAGCCUCAACCACAUCGACCGUGUACGAGGAGGAGGCGCGCUAUGUCACCCUAUGCAUGGAUAAAUCGAAGAAUUUGGGCAUCAAGCUAUUCGGGGGCAACAAGGUGGGCAUUUUCGUGCAUGACGUACACCCCGGUUCACCGUCCGAUAUCGCUGGCAUACGUAAAGGUGAUCAGAUAUUGGAAUACAAUGGCGUGGACUUGCGUUGCGUAACGGCAGAGCAGGCGGCCAAUGAGAUAUCGAAGUUGACGGACACUGUCACCUUGUUGGUGCAGAAUAAAUUGAAAAAAUUGAAGCAAAUUAAAGACAAGACGGGUGAUUCUUUUUAUAUACGCGUCGGUUUCGAUCGUACCGGCGAGCUGAAUGAUGGCGACUUGCGUUUCGUCAAGGAUGAGGUGCUCUAUGUGGAUAAUACGGUCUUCAAUGGCACAUUCGGUCUGUGGCGUGCUUGGAAAUUGGAUGCAAAAGGCCAUCGCAAGGAGUGCGGCAUUAUACCGAGCCAAAUGAAAGUGGAGGAAGAGCUGCGCGCCGGCGAAGUGGUCGACUGUGAGGGCGGCACAGCACGGCGUGGCAGCACAUCAGCGCGUCGUUCGUUUUUUCGUCGAAAAAAGCACCAGCGUAGCUCAUCGCGUGACUCCACCGAAAUUGCCAGUUUCAGCAACACUCAGCUAAGCUUCUUCCCCGACUCGGGCAUAUUGAAUGAUGACGGUGGCAUAUUGAGCUAUCAGCGCGUGGAACGGUUGGAUUCACCCGUACGUCGGCCGGUGCUUAUAAUCGGUCCGCUAUCGGAGCGUGUUAUGGAACGUUUGACUAUUGAUUUUUCGAAUUUAUUCAAAAUGUGCGAAGUGACCACAAUGGAUUGCUCACAGAAUGCCAUGGAAGAGGGCUUACAGGAAAAUAUUUUCGUUGACUAUCGCCGUCGUGGCAAUAAAUUCGAGUGCACCACGGUGGAGAAUAUAAAUAAUGCAUGCAAGAAUGAUCGUCGUCACUGCAUUCUAGACAUAUCCCCCUCGGCUGUUGAACGUCUUCAGCGCUUACAAAUCUAUCCGAUAGUUUUGCUCUUACGUUUCAAAUCCGCAAAACAAAUACGUGAAAUACGUGACUUUGGCAUUGAUAAAAUAUCGGCCAAGGCCGCCAAGGAAAUGUACGAACGCGCAUUAAAACUCGAAGCAGACUACAAGCAGUACAUAUCAGCUGUAAUACCGGGCGUUAGCAUUAAACAUAUGUGUACACAAAUCAAGGAUGCCGUGGACAAGGAAUUGGAUAAAUUGCUGUGGGUGCCUGUAAGCGGCUAAUCAUUGUUGCCGGCUUCGAAUUUUAAUAAAUAUGCACUUUAUAUGGCAUUUAGGUGUAUGUGUAUAGUGCAAUACGCACAUUAUGAUUAUUUAAAUAAUUUCAGUUGAUAAUAUUUUUUUUUUUCGCAAUUAGUGAGACAAUACAUUUUUGUCGAUUUUAUGCUUACCUUUGUUGACUUACACACAUUUUGUUUUUCUGUUUGUUGAGAUUAAACUGCGCUUCUUGAUGAAAAUUCUACUCUU